AUGAUUAGUAGCCUGAUCUCUCAGCCUAAAGGGAAUUCCGGGUGAGCUCGUUACGCUCUAACAAAGUUCAGCUGUGUUUUAACUGCAAGUCGAAGGAGUACCGUCAACGGCAGGACAAAUGUCUCUUUUGGAGGAUUUUGUUUUUUCUAAUCCCACCACUUUGUUGGGGGUUGUUGCUCUCCUACUCGUCCUUUAUCUUGUUUCCAGUAGUUUCGCCUCCCAGGAUUCUGGGAAGGGGCCUCCAGGGCCGAGGCCUCUUCCUCUGCUUGGCAACCUGCUGCAUCUUGAUCUCAAGAGACCCUACAAAACCCUCUGUGAGCUUUCAAAGAGACAUGGGUCUGUGUUUACGGUGUACUUUGGAACCAAUAAAGUGGUGGUCCUGGCUGGAUACAAGGCAGUCAAAGAGGCUCUGGUCAGCUACGCAGAAGAGUUUGGAGAUAGAGACAUCCCCCCUAUUUUUUAUGAUGUGAAUCAAGGUCACGGAAUCCUGUUCGCAAAUGGAGAAACAUGGAAAGAGAUGAGACGUUUUGCCCUCACCACCCUGAGAGACUUUGGGAUGGGAAAAAGAGUCGCUGAGGAUAAAAUCUUGGAGGAAUGCCACCAUUUGAUCCGAAUGUUUGACGAGCACGAAGGGAAACCAUUUGAUACAGGGUGCCAGGUAAACUGGGCAACAUCCAACAUCAUCUGCUCUAUCGUGUAUGGCAGCAGGUUUGAAUACGAUGACCCCCGAUUCACAAACAUGGUGAGAAGAGCCAACGAGAACAUACGCGUGGCCGGCUCUGCACCAAUCCAGCUUUACAACAUGUUCCCCAGGCUGGUCAGUUGGAUAAAAAGCCGGCAGCUGAUUUUAAAAAACUUUGCAAUGAAUGCCAGUGAUGUCAAAGAUUUAAUCAACCAUCUGAAAGAGACACUGAAUCCUCAGAUCUGCAGGGGGCUCGUGGACUGUUUUCUGAUUCGGAAGCAGAAAGAAGAGGACUCUCGUGUGAUGGACACUCAUUACAAUGAGAAGAACUUGAUAAUUACAGUGACCAACCUGUUUUCUGCUGGUACUGAUACCACAGCGACGACACUGAGAUGGGGUUUGCUGCUUAUGGCUAAAUAUCCGCUUAUACAAGACCAGGUCCAGGAGGAGCUGAGCAGGGCGGUUGGAAGCCGUCAAGUCCGGGUUGAUGACCGUAAAAACCUGCCGUACAUUGAUGCUGUCAUCCACGAGACACAGAGACUGGCCAACAUUGUCCCCAUGGCCAUUCCUCACAAAACCAGCCGAGACGUCACCUUCCAGGGAUACUUCAUCAAAGAGGGGACGACCGUGUUUCCUCUUCUUACUUCUGUCCUGCAUGACGAGAGCGAAUGGGAGAGCCCACACACUUUCAACCCUUCCCACUUCCUGGAUAAGGACGGUCAUUUUUUCAAGAGAGACGCCUUCAUGCCCUUUUCUGCAGGUCGCAGGGCGUGUCCAGGAGAAAGUCUGGCUAAGAUGGAGCUCUUCCUCUUCUUCACCUCCCUCCUCCAGCGCUUUCGUUUCUCUCCUCCACCUGGAGUCACAGAGGAUGAACUGGAUCUGACUCCAGCUGUGGGCUUCACCCUCAACCCGUCACCUCAUGAGCUGUGUGCCGUCAGUCGCCAAUGAAGAAGAGAGCUGGAGCAUGGCCUUGUACUAUACCUGCAUGUGCCAAUGGCAUGAAUAUUGUUUUACUUGUCAUCCUCGCACACGGAGAAUAACAUACUGAGCAGCGAGCAAAGUACAUCCAUUUGUGAAAAUAAUCAAUAGUGACCUAGAAGCAAGAAUAUAAAGGUUAAUGUAGCUGUUUCAUUCUAAAAAAGUGCAUUUACACCCAAAUUCCUACAAAUUGAUGCAACUAAUGAGUAUAAAUCAUAAACAUUUAGGCUAGUCAGUGUCUCCAGCUGUGUGUGACAACAUUCAUCUUUCUCCAAUACCAUAUCAGAUAAGUGAAUGAAAUAAACGAUCUCCUGAUUCUUGAGGAUGGGACAUCUGCAGUAACACUUUACAACAUUUAGAGCAGUUACCAGGGAACAAAUGAGGAACAUAAUGAGGAACAAAUGAGGAAUAAAUGAGGAACAUAAUGAGGAACAAAUGAGGAACAAAAUGAGGAACAAAUGAGGAACAUAAUAAGGAAUGAAUGAGGAACAAAAUGAGGAACAAAUGAGGAACGAAUGAGGAACAAAUGAGGAACAAAAUGAGGAACAAAUGAGGAACAAAUGAGGAAUGAAUGAGGAACAAAUGAGGAAUGAAUGAGGAACAUAAUGAGGAACAAAUGAGGAACAAAUUAGGAACAAAUGAGGAACAAAUGAGGAAUGAAUGAGGAACAAAUGAGGAAUGAAUGAGGAACAUAAUGAGGAACAAAUGAGGAACAAAUGAGGAAUGAAUGAGGAACAUAAUGAGGAACUAACUGCUAGUGAACAAUAAGUUAAAGGGCAGUUCUUAAGUAACUCCUAAUCAAAUUUUA